AUGCGUUCCUCUCUUGCGCUGUCCGCUUUCGCGGCUACCUUGACCCUUGUCCAGGCUGGACUUGAGAAGAAUGGCACUCAAAACAUCGCAGUUUACUGGGGUCAAAACUCCAUAAACCAGGCCGGUACAGCUGAUGCUCAGAAGAGACUUGGCUACUACUGUGAAAAUGAUGGAGAUGCGGUUGAUACCUACAUGGUCUCCUUCAUCACCAAAUUCGAAGGCACCGGUGGUUAUCCCGCUCUCAACUUUGCCAACGCCCAAGACAACUGCACUGCCAUUAACGGCACCGACUUGUUGGAUUGCCCUCAGAUUGCUGACGACAUCAAAACUUGUCAAGGCCUCGGCAAGACCAUCCUCCUCUCUACUGGGGGUGGCACUUACAAUGAGGGAGGCUUCAGCAGUGAAGACGACGCUGUAGCAAUGGCCCAAACUGUGUGGAAAUUGUUUGGACCCGCUACCAAUGACAGUUCUAUUCCUCGUCCCUUUGGUGAUGCCGUUAUUGACGGUUUCGACUUUGAUUUCGAGAACCUCGCCAUGAACAAUAUGCCAGCUUAUGCCAACGAGCUGCGCAAGCUGUAUGCCACUGAUACUUCCAAGACUUACUACACAUCUGCCGCUCCUCAAUGUGUCUACCCUGACUACGCAGAUGGUCCUAUGCUGGACGGCGCCGUCUUUUUCGAUGCUAUUUGGAUUCAAUUCUACAACAACGGCUGCGGUGUUAACAGCUAUGUCGCCGGCGCCACUACCCAAUGGAACUUCAACUUCAACACAUGGGACACUUGGGCCAAGAAUACUUCGUUGAACCCCAACGUCAAGGUCUUCAUGGGUAUUCCUGGAAACACUGGUGCCGGAAGUGGCUACGAGGAUGCUACUUUUGUCGGCACUGUUAUUGACUACGUCAAGAACUUCACCAGCUUCAGCGGUCUUAUGGUCUGGGAUGCCAGUCAGCUUUGGUCUAACGAUGGCUAUCUCUCAGCCAUCUCCGCUGAGUUGUAA